AUGUUGCACUCCAUGGCGUCUGCAGAGUCCGCUGGGCGCGGCUUCUGGCGAGACGACGAAAUAGUGGUGGAUAAGGAUGGCGUCCCUCACUAUACCGGAGUGCAGCCAGGCUUGAUGCGGGAGUACCGGAAGCGUGUGCUGUUCGCUUUCAGCAGUCUGGAGGGCAGCGGCGAUGACGAGGAAAAGGAGAAGCGGUCGCUUCUCAAGAAGCAGUGCCGUUUUGCCAAGAAGCUGGUGGAUGGGCUUCAUGGUGAGGCCUGGCGUGCUUGCCAGGAUUUGGUGGCGAAGCCGGAAGAACUCCGGGUGCCGGACGGCUACAAGAAGGUCUUUGCAGCCCUGAAGCAGAUCGAGAAGGUAUCGGUUAUUAAGGCCACGGAGGCUUUCGACACCUACUUCGAGAAGUGCUACAGGAAACGGGGUCAGCCCAUAGAUGCCUACUUGCGACAGCGCCGCCAGGACUGGGCCGACCUGCAGGACCUCGCCGAGAAUGUCAACAUGAGCCCGGAGCUUCAGGCUUACUUUUUGCUUAAGAACGUCAGCCUCCCCAAUGACGACCGCAGACAGAUCCUCCUAGCGUGCCAGUCGAACUACUCGGUCGAGGCCAUUGAGAAGGCGCUUCGAGUGUCUUACUGUGACUACCACGAGCGCGAGAGAGCCCCGGCGAGAGAUUGGCCUGGACCACGGCGAGCUCCUAACAGCUAUGAUGGUGGAAAGGGGCCACGGAAGCCUCAUUAUGCCCACGCGGUUCUUGAUGGAGAAGAGGAGCCGCCCGAGGACCACAACGAGGAGGACGAGGGCCCGGACUAUGAGGACGAGGCCUUUGCGGCGGGCGACGAGGCACAGGACGAUGACUACCAAGAGGCCUCCGACCUUGGAGCAAGCGAGGACGACGAGAUCUACGAGGCCUUUGCCACCUACCAGGAGAGCAGGAAGAAGCUGAAAGAAGUCCAGAAAGCCCGGGGGUUCUUUCGACCCAAGGGCGAGGGAGCCAGCGACGAGCGCAAGCAGGCGAUCGCCAAGGAGAAGGCCCGCACGAGAUGCUCAGCAUGUGGGCGCAUCGGGCAUUGGGCGACCAAGCCUGCAGCAAGGGCGGCGGCAAAGGCGGCAGCAGCCCGCGUCGGAAAGGAGGCGCCUCUCUACUUCAGCCUCAACGACGGCGAGGGCGACGGCUACUGCGACAUGAUCCUGGCCGGCCCGGACGAGGACAGCGACAUGGACCAGGACGCGGGGGACACCGAGCUGGAUGAGAAGAGGAAGUUCGUUCAGACCCGGCCCCGGCUGGAGACCGCCGCUGCAGCGAGCAGUGCCGACUGGGAGUUGGUCACCGAGGCCCCACCAUUUCCUUUUGAAGGCGGCCCGGGCGGCCUGAGGACCGAGAUUGCCGAGGAGAGCCAGCACGACGACACGCCCAAGGAGCCGGAGCAGCACGUCUUGGUGCCGGUCAAGGCCAAGGACAUUGAGGUGCACGACGUGCUUAGCUUUGCCAAGGUGAUGCCGCUGGGGCUCGACGGCAUGAUCCUCCGCGACCUUCAGGGAGAUUGUGACCGAUGGGGUGUGCAGACCUCCGGAAGCCGGGCCGAUUGCAAGGCAAGCCCGGAGAAGGCCAAGACCAAGGGUUACAAGACCAGCCCGGAGAAGACCGAGAGCAACCCGGAGAAGGAGACGAUCAUCUGCCCGAGGCUGGACAAGACGGGCUACUUCUUCGGCUGCCGGAACUUUACCACAGCGAGGCGCUGCAAGUUCACCCUCGACCUGCCCGAGGGACUGCAGCUCUACGAGAAGGAGGUGGAGAUGCAUGGCCUGGAGAAUUCAGGGCCCGAGCCCAAUGGUUUUGAGAGUGAAUUUGUUGGGUCGACACCGCAGACCCUCACUUUUGCAAGAGCCCUUGCGACAGGAGCACCACGACCUCAAGAAGGACACGACUCCACUUUGGAUGAGUCCAAGCUUUGUCUUUUGGACACCGCCUGCACCUCGUGCCUUCACUCCAGACGCUGGCGGCAGGCCUUUGAACGGUGGCUCCCGGAAGGAGUCUCCUGCACCCGAACUGGCCAGAACAAGAACUUCCACUUCGCCAACGGCCAGUCGGAGAGCCAGCUCACCGUGUGGAAGGUGCCGGUGUACCUCAACAAUAUCCACGGCGAGAUUUUCUCGGCCGAGCUACCUAGUGGUAGCACCCCGCUCCUUUUAUCGUUGCCGACCAUGACCGCCCUGGGGAUGAUCAUCGACCUGCCCGCGGGGAAAGUGACCGUGGGGGCCCUGGGGAUCGAGAUGACUCUGGUGUCUACGGCGACGAAGCACAUCGCUUUGGAUGUGGCGCACGACCACACAGCGCCUUUGGCAGAGCCCAAGGGCAACAAAGAGGAGCCCCAGGUCACGGCCGAGGACCUCAUUGUCUACUACCUGGCUGGGGGAAGGGGAGCUGCCUUUACUUCACGAGUUGAGCUUCGCAUCGGGCAGCCUGGCCCCAAUGAGAGGCGAGCCGCCCGACCUGGGGAAGCGAGGCGUGCCCGAGAACUUCAAGCCAAAUGCCGGAAGCAGGCGGCGGAGGAUUUUCAGAACACGGUUCUCUACGAGCCCUACGGCGACCUUUGUUCCGUGACUGCCUUGGCCACCCGCGAGUUCAGUUGGACCUGCAGCCGGCCC